GAGCGCACUUGAUAUACGAUUUGAGUCGUUGAACAUUUUCACGAGUUUGAGUCGGAGAGUAACAAAACGAAAGCAGAAUUCAGUUUGAGUUGAGACGUUGUCGUGGGCACGUCGCAUGGAAAAGAACAGCGCAUAACAGCAAACACAAAACAGCAAUUGAAAAAAAGACGUAAAAGCCAGAGACCAAAGCAAAAAGAACAAAUUAUACAGUUAGUGCAAAGUGACAGUGUGAACAAGAAAAGAACAAGCAAUACAGCAAGUGCUAAAAACACAAACUAAGAACAACAAACUUUAACGAAGACAAAAAAAGGGAAUAUGUCUUCCACUUCAGCUUCGCCCAUCAGCAACAUAACCGUGGACGACGAGCUUAACAUAAGCAGAGAACAAGACUUUGUCGAGGACGAUUUCAUAGUUAUCAAAGAGGAGCGCGAAAGCAGCCUGUCACCAAUGCUGACGCCACCGCACACGCCCACUGAGGAGCCGUUGCGACGCACUGGCUCAGUCACAGCCGCCGAUGAGGCAGUGGCCACGCAGCUGCAUCUGCGUCACAUGGCACACUACCAGCAACAGCAACAACAGCAGCAGCAACAACAACAACAGCAUCAACAGCAACACCAGCAGCAGCAGCAUCAGCAACAUCAUCGCCUCUGGCUGCAGAUGCAACAGCAGCAUCCGCAUGGCCAUUAUCCGGUUUAUGCCGGAGCCAAUGCCGAUCCCGUGGCCGUGCACCAGCAGGCGUUGCUCAUGAACCAAUGGAUACGUAAUGCCGCCAUCUACCAGCAGCAGCAGCAACAACAGGCAGCAGCUGCUGCAGCCGGGCAUCAUCACCAUCCGCACCCGCAUUCACAUCCCCAUCAUCCGCACCAUCACGGCCAUCCCCACGCUCAUGGCCCUCCCCAUGUGCGUCCCUAUCCCGCCGGACUGCAUACGCUGCACGCCGCCGCUCGCCAUUUUGGAGUCAUGCCCAGUUUGAAGCUGAGCGGCGCCGCAGCAGCCGGAGCCGGAGGCGGCAGUGGCAGCAGCCGGCCCAAGAAGCAGUUCAUCUGCAAGUACUGCAAUCGCCAGUUCACCAAGUCCUACAAUCUGCUCAUCCACGAACGCACCCACACGGACGAGCGUCCCUAUUCCUGCGACAUCUGCGGCAAGGCCUUCAGGCGCCAGGAUCAUCUGCGCGAUCAUCGCUACAUCCACUCGAAGGAGAAGCCGUUCAAGUGCAACGAUUGCGGCAAGGGCUUCUGCCAGUCGCGCACGCUGGCCGUGCACAAGGUCACCCACCUGGAGGAAGGCCCCCACAAGUGCCCCAUCUGCCAGCGCAGCUUCAACCAGCGUGCGAAUCUCAAGAGUCAUCUGCAGAGCCACAGCGAAUCGGCCACAGCGGCUCAGGCAGCAGCAGCUGCUGCAGCAGCAGGAGCAGCAGCUCCUCGCCCCAGCCAGCCUGCUGUGCAGCCUGUGCAGCUGGUCAGUCCCGGCUCCAAUCACAAUACGCCCGCCCUGGAUCUGUCCUCGUCAGGUGGAGCCACCGCGGAGCGUCCCAAGCGCACGCUGGGCUUCACUAUCGAUGAGAUCAUGAGCAGAUAGAUUGGUCAGCUGAUCGCAAUUUAUUGGUUUUAUGUUCAGGAUGCAGCCGCAUCCAGAGUGCUGAGCGCCGCCAGGCAUGGGAAGUGCCUGGCCCGGAGUAGCAGUCAGCACAGCUUCAGCUACAGCUACAGCUACAGCUACAGCUACAGAUCCACCUCUAGCUUCAGCUUUAGCGCCGCCCACUUUGAGUUCGAGUCGCAGGUUACGCCCCCAGCUCACCUACUCGCCCACACAGCCGCCGUCAUCGUCGCCGCCGCCGUUGCCCCAGUGAAGCACAGGCAGAUCCUGGAGCCCAGGAGCCCAACCAGUCACAACUAGUCCAAUCGACUCUCCAUAUAGACCCGAUGCUAUAUAGCUGUCGCAUUGGCGCUACAAACUGCAAAAAGCCAAAGGAAGACAAACUAGACACAAAUCAAAUGGAAACUUAGUAAAAAGUAUUGCGAAACAGAACAAUUCCAAAAUAUCUAUGGCAUUAGAGAUCACUUUUGCCCCACUGUA